AUGAGGUUAGUCUUAGUUUUAGGAUUUUUAUUAAUUCUUGGAGUUACUUACGCACGUCGGUUACCUCCAAAUGAUAAUGAGUAUCAGAAAAAAAACACCGAAAUAGAUGAUCAAAAUGUCGCUGAAACUGGUCAUAAAAAGGAUGAGCACCAUAAUCGUGAGUUUAAAAAAGGCGGGGGUAAAGAACAUCAUGCACAUCAUCAUAAUGACCACGGUGAAAAGGGACAUAAAGGUUACAAAGGUUAUCAUCAUCAUGAAGAGGGUAAGAAAGGUCAUCAUGAUAAGGAGCAACACAAGGGUGAAUAUGACGAUCACGGCGGUCAUGAAAAAAAACACCAUCAUGAAGAUGGUCACUAUGACGAACAUCAUAAAGGCGAGAAAGGCGAGAAAGGCCAUAAAUAUGAAGAAAAAGGACAUUACAACAAAGGACAUUCCACAAAAGGACACCACGAGAUACACAAACUUGAUGAGUUCAAGAAAGAUAAACACUUCUUUGAUGAAGAGGAUGAUUCUGGACACGAGGAGAAGCAUGGUGGAUAUCAUGAAGAACAUGGUCAUAAGAAAGGAGGCCACUUCAAGAAAGGGCACCACCAUGGUGGACAUCACGAACACGAACACGGGGAAAAAGGUCAUCAUGAGAAAGGAGGUCAUCACCAUGAACAUAAAGGCCAUAAAGAAGCUGCUGGUCAUGACGAACAUUAUCACCAUCAUCAUGACCAUGCCAAAAAGGGAGGACACGAUCAUCACAAGAAAUGGGGCUAUUCCAAAGGUCACUGA